AUGUCGUCGCAAAAGGACGAUCCAGCAUCAAGGCUCAAGGCACUAGAGCGCAUGGGAGUAGUGAAGGAUUACAGUAAAAUAUACAAUGCCACUAUCAUAAUUGUUGGUGUCGGCGGUGUAGGAGCUGUGGUAGCUGAGAUGCUAACACGCUGUGGUGUAGGAAAACUUAUACUAUUCGACUACGAUGACGUGGAACUCGCCAACAUGAAUAGGCUAUUUUAUACACCUAACCAGGCAGCGAAACAGACCCUAAAUGCUAUAAACCCACAAGUACACGUUGAAACCAUUAAUGGCAACAUAUGCAAAGACUAUACCAUUUUUUAUGAGCGAAUAUGCACUGGUGGAAUAUCUGGCACGCAAGUCGAUCUUGUAUUGUCUUGUGUUGACAAUUAUGCCGCUAGGGUCACUAUUAAUAAAGCAUGUUGCCAGGCGAACCAGAUCUGGAUGAAUUCAGGCGUUGCGGAAAAUGCAACAAGUGGACAAAUACAGACAUGUAUACCAGGGAUUACAGGGUGUUUCCUAUGCGCACCACCUUAUAUAGUAGCAGUCAAGGGCGACGAGAGCACAAUUAAACGACCAGAUGUAUGUACCGCGAGCCUACCAACUACCAUGGGAGUAGUGGCCGGCCUGCUGGCACAUAACGCACUGAAACAUAUACUACAGUUUGGAACUACCACCAAACUGCUCACAUACAAUUCACUGCAGGACUAUUUCCCAACAUACUCAAUAGGAUGCAACCCAGAAUGUACAGAAAGAUACUGCCUACAGAGACAAGAGGAGAAACGCCAUGAACGCGAGGCAUUGGAAGCUGAAAGUGCAAAUGCAGCAGAAGCCGAAGAAAAUACAACAGUACAACACGACUACAACGAAUACAACAUCACGAUAGUUUCGGAAAAUGAAUUGGAAAAGGGUGAAAAUAAUACCACUACCAAACAUACACCACUACCUGCCGAAAAAUUAUCGCUAAAAGAACUUAGGGAAAAACUCAAAAAUGUGUCAACUAGUGUUGAUCUAUCAUAUAAAGUUAGACAGAGUCUUGAAAAGGUUCAAAAACAGUCGGCGGAGCUGCUACAGCUGUUAAACAGACAUUAUGAUCAGGUAGAUGUGGUCAAUGUAGCAUUCCAGUGGGCUGAAUCUCCGCAUGAAAUAUUCCUAGCUUUAAAGUUCUCCAAUAGAUGGUCUAGCCCAGUGUCCAAUGAAUCACUAGAAGUAAAUGGAAAUAUGCUUAAGUACUCCAGCAUGGGUACACAGUCGGACAAACUUAAAAAAUACCAGCUUGUAUUGGAACUGCACGACGAGGUAGUGAAGAAUGAGACAAAGGUAUCACCUGUAUCCAUGGGAAGGUUCACCAUCACACUGAAAAAAGCAAAGCCGGCAGUAUGGAACUCACUAACAAAAGGCAAUGAAAAACUGCCGAACCAACAGAUAUGGUGGGAUAUGAAAGAUAAACAUCAAGAUGCUUGUGAUAAUUUCAUAGAAGAUGAACCAGAAAAUGACACCGAACUUUAA